AUGUCAGCCCAUCACCAGUGUAAUCAGUGUCUUUCCCCUGGCUGUUUGUCAUUCUUCCCCCAGCCUGCAGAUCCAUCUAGAUGCUAUUGCGGUCAUUCUUCAACAUCUCAUGACCAAAGUCCACCCCCAGCAGAACCUAUGCGCCGUCCUUCAUUCCCACCCAGAGGAGGGAUAGGUCCAUGCUCUGAAUUUCGAAGUGUUGGUAACAUCCAGAUUGAAGACUAUUUUCAACUAUGUACAUGUGGUCAGCAUUACAGCGAGCAUGCGCAAAUAGGAUCUGUGGCACCCCCCCAAUCCAGCACACUGGUUCGGCCACCACCCAGUUCACUUGCUAUCCAAAAUCAGCCAUAUCGUGUUCCUUCCACCAUUUUGCCACCCAACAGUUCCACUCUACCGUCUACAAACCAUAAUUUCUUUUCUGAUCUCCCAGCACACUCGAUUCCACUGUACCAGUCUCCUGCGAUUUCUGGACCUUCGUUGGUCACUGGAUACACACCUGCCCAUCAAGCUUCCCAGCUGCAGGUCACCCAUGGUCAUACCACCUUUGGAGUGCCCAUGUCAGGUGUUUCUAUGACUACUAAUGGUUUACGAGGACGCACUCGUGGCCGUGGCCGUGGAAUUGUCAUUAGUGCUCCCAUGCGUACCCUAUGUAUCCAGUUAAUUCUCAUACCUCAAGACCGCAUGCUGGAUUACACAUCUCAAUAUGAUGAACACAGUCAGGUUCGACGUUUGCGGAGUGGGGAAGAACUGGCCUCUGAUCUGCAGUUUCUCACCGAGCGAGGACUCACACGGGCUGUCACUCUUACUGGACAACGUGACGCUGAUUCUGUCAUGAAUCAGAUUCUCCAUGCGGUGACGCAGAUGGCUCAUGAUGGCGGGCUAAAAUUUCCAACAUGGGAGCCUGAACCUCUUUUAUUAGCCACUGAUGCCCCCAAUCGCGAAGUGCGACUGCAGUUCCAUGGACUGCCCUUCAGAUUCUUGCAGCCAGGCAAUUCCAAUGCGACUCAGGGACGGAGACAUCUCAAGGUAGAUUCCAGUUUCUGUUGGCAAACAUUAGAAGCUGGCAAGUUCUUCAAGAGGUGUGAGCGCAUUAAGAGCCCCGAAGAUUCCAGUCUAUCGCUUGUAUACCUUUGCCCGAAAGGUGGGGAUGUCAUCGGUCCAUUGAUCAAAGGGUCUCCAUACCAGCACCACUGCUUUGCCAACCGCAUUAUUGCCCAUCUUAUUCAAGGUUAUGAAGACCCUCCUGACAUCCCUAAUCGCUUCACAACUGUGCCGUGCAAUUCUGCCUGUCCACCAGAAGAUUCAGUUGACCCACUUGAACUAGAGGCUCGCACUCCAGCACCAUCACCUGCCAUCUGUACUCGGUCCAUCCCAUCGACACCUGCCACAAGUGCAUCGGCUAUCAGUACACCAUCUUCUGCCUCAUCCGCCAGCAACAACGUGUCAGCGUCGAACCCAGUGCCACGCUAUCACAAUCGUGAUCGGUCAGCAUCCCCUGGACAUGCAUCUGCUGGUAACACCAGUAUUCUGUUUCAUCGUGAAUCACAAUCUCGCCCAGCAGUUCAGGAAAGACUUAUUGACCUGUGUCCUUUGGUCCAAAUUCCUCGUCCACGCAACGGACGUCCACGGUCACCUUUACGUGCCUACCCUCAGCCUUCAUCAUCACAUGGUUCUAUCACCCUACCACCUAAUCAGUCGCAACCUGCUGCAGCUUCUCUGGUGGACACUGUUCCGGAUGGCCUACCAUCUUCUGAUAAUACUGGCAGCACGGUCAGUAUUGUUCGCCGCAGCCUUAGACAGGAAACCCGUAGGCAUGCACAGGCACAUCACGACCCUGGUUCACCAACUGUCCCAUCAGGCACUAUCUCGUUCACAUCAAUUGAUGAUCUUUGUAACAGCAUCAAUGCAUCAGCCAAUAUGGACCAUUCCAACAUCGUACUGCAGAUUGAAGCAGAGUCCCUUAUCCAUGCUGCCACUGGACUGGUGGGGUGGCUUAAGCACCAACGCCUGCACGCUGAUGACCCGCAUCCAUAUAAGGCACCCAGUAAUGCAUCAACAUUUCUCAUCCAUCCUGAUGCGCCUGAAGAUCGGCUCAACACAUUUUCAAUGAUCUGGCAAGUGCGGGCCGGACAUGGGGAUGCUACAGAUAGCAUUGGCGAUGGGGUCUUGCGCCAGGUCCUUGAGAUUGCCCUUGCGCAUUGUAUAUCAUGGAAGCCUGCCGGUGACCAUAGUGGUGAUUGGAUCCUGGCAGAUGCUGAUGGUGAUACUUGCGAGACGCUGGAUGAUGGAUAUGUGUCCCUCAAGAUUUCACACUUUCCCUCUGAGGACAAGCUCGAUGUAGUGUUCGCCCUUGGACAGCUGGCUGCCAUCUAUAUGCUGAAAGUUGGCAAUGGACCUGAUCCAAUCUCACCUGCACUGCUCGAGUGCGUUAUAAAUGGUGUUGAUUCCAUUGUGGACCUUCCCUGGAUUCGGCAUUUCUAUCAAUCCCUUAGCCCAACUCUCUCUCUACUGCAUCACCAAAAGUCCCAAACCUAG